UCAUCACUGCGCGCGUGCUGUGUUUUUAAUUAAGGAGAAAAACAGCGCGUGGCCCCUUUAAGGCGAAGCAGCGGCUCUGAGGUAAAAGCUGGAAGUUCGGGAGAAAAAACUGCGUUUAGACCGACGUGGACUCUGACACACACACACACACACACACACACACACACACACUCACUGUGGGCUUUUUCCCGUCCCGACGCUAACAUGCCGCGCCGCUCAGUGCAGGACGUCACAGUACAGGACGUCCAAAAGAGAAGAAAUCCCAACAAACAUUAUGUUUACAUCAUCAAGGUGUCGUGGUCUGAUGGCAGCACUGAGCUCAUCUUCAGGCGCUACAGCAAGUUCUUCGAUCUGCAGAUGGAGCUUCUGGAUAAGUUCCCUGUGGAAGGAGGACAGAAGGAUCCCAAGCGCAGGAUUAUCCCCUUUCUGCCAGGAAAGAUCCUGUUCAGGAGGAGUCACAUCAGAGACGUGGCCAUGAAACGCCUGCGACCCAUAAACGAGUACUGCAGGGCUCUGAUCCAGCUGCCUGUGUACAUUUCUCAGUGUGAAGAGGUACGUGUGUUCUUUGAGACUCGACCUGAAGACCUGAACCCCCCCAUCGAUGAACCUUUGGGGAAGAAGAAAUCAGGCAUUGUGGAGAGAGCGACUUCUUUCCUAAAGCGAGCAGGAGACUCGAGCGCCGCCGACCCGCUGCUCCUGGAUCAGUACGUCGCCGUCACCGACUACGAUAAGCAGGAGAGCUCCGAGAUCAGCCUCCAAGUCGGCCAGGUGGUGGAGGUCAUCGAGAAGAACGAGUCAGGUUGGUGGUUCGUGAGUUCAGAGGAUGCUCAGGGUUGGGUACCUGCUACCUGCCUGGAGGCUCAGGACGAUCCUGAUGAUUUCACUCUGCCUGCAGAAGAAGAAGAGAAGUACAUGGUGAUUUAUCCGUACGCGGCUCGUGAUCAGGAUGAAAUCGACCUGGAGAAGGGAAUGACGGUGGAGGUGAUGGAGAAAAAUCUGGAAGGCUGGUGGAAGAUCAGGUAUCAGGGAAAAGAAGGCUGGGCUCCGGCGUCAUAUUUAAAAAAAUCUGAUGCUUCAAGCCAAAAACUGUCGUCACACUCGAGCGCUAAUGAUCUGGACGGCGCGUGUAAACAACAGAGCAGCAACAAGGAGAAUAAAGAGAACCAGAAAGAGAGAUUCAGUCCAUUUAGUGACAAGAAAAAAGCGGAUGUGCGACAGCGACCUCCUCCUAGACGAGAUCUCUCGAUACCCCGUGGGACGAACCUGCCAAAGCCACCGGUGCCCCCACAGGUGGAGGAAGAGUAUUACACCAUCGCUGACUUUCAGACCACCAUCCCUGAUGGAAUCAGCUUUCAGGCUGGAAUUAAGGUCGAGGUUAUUGAGAAGAACUCGAGUGGUUGGUGGUACAUUCAAAUAGAGGAUAAAGAAGGUUGGGCUCCUGUCACCUUCUUGGAUAAAUACAAGAAGACCAGCAGCGCUUCCAGGCCCAAUUUUUUAGCUCCUGUGCCUGGUGAAUUGGCUCAGCUGAAGCUGGAGGACGGUUCUGUUAAUAAUAACACUGCAGAAGAUACCUGGUCUAAACCUCUCCCAGACGAACCGUCUUCUACUGCCGACUUCGCCACUCGUCCCAAACUGAGAGACUGGAAGUACAACGCCACGAAGAACAACUCGCCUUUGUCCGGUCCGCUGCCUCCGGCCCCUUCUUUACCUCCAGCUGAGGAAAAGCCAGCUCUUCCUCCCAGGAGAGAGUCGAUCAACAAGAGCCUGGAGUUGGAGGAGAAACUCAAAACAGACGUUUCUAAACCGCUUCCUCCCAAACCUCCAGCUCCUGGAGUCAUUGUGCCCCUGGUUUCUCCCAAACCGGCACCGUUCAAACCCGAAAAGCCUCUGGAACCAAAGAAGGACGAGAAGAACAAGCCUCUGCACUUGAGGAAUGAGAUGGGGUUGGAAUGUGGCCAUAAGAUUUCUGCCAAGGAAGUGAAGAAGUUCAACCUGAAGCCGGUGCCCAAGCAGCCGCCGAAGCCCAAAUCCGAAAGCCAAGAAGAGAAAGUGGAAUCCGUCAGUCCUCCACCUUUACUGAAACCAAAACCGGUCGUCAGACCGAAACCUCCACCAGCCGCAAAACCAGAACCGCCGAGCAAGAGCGAGCUCGAUAUCACAAACCUGAGGAGCAAGUUGCGUCCAUCUAAACUUCCCGACACCGACUCCAGCCAGCAGAACGGAACUUCCAGUACUGGCGAACCCAAAUGUCCACCCAAACAGCAAAACGGCCACAAUUCUGUAGAAAUCCCUAAACCGCAAACGCCUGGUCCUAAAGAGCCGCCUCAGAGGCCCAGCUCCGCCCCGAGACGACCUCCACCACCAAAGAAAACUUCAGAGCCGGAAAACAAACCGAGUUCCACAGAGAUCAAAGCACCUCUGAAGGACAUUCAGGAGAACAAGCCUGCCCAUGCUUCUCAAACCCGACCACCGCCUCCAAAACCCAAAGCCACCGCAUCUCCCACUCCCAAAGACAAAGAGAAGGAGGAAUCUCCCAAGGUCAAGGUUCCGGUGCCUCCAAAACCGCCUGCGAAAGCUGAUAAACUGCAGCCGCCGAGAGACAAACUCCCUCCUCUGAUCAAAGAUCCACCGAAGGAAGAGCAUUUCUUAGCCGUAGCGGACUUCGAAGGAGACGAUCAAACUCCAGGGUUUAAAGAAGGAGCCGUAUUCGAGGUGCUCGAGAGGAACAGCACCGGUUGGUGGUUUUGCAAAAAUAUAAGCGAUGGUUUAAUGUCUGAGGGCUGGAUCCCUUCCAAUUACUUAACUAAGAAACACUAGGUACCUUUCACAUAGCUCCCUUUUUUCAUAUCUAUUUAAUUAGUCCAUGUUAUUUAUGGGGACUUUAUACUCCAAGUCUCAUUACAUUCCAUUCUUUUGUGAGUCAAACGUUCGUUUGCUCGCGUCACGUUUUUAACCGUCCCUUUUUUUAGGGACAAUGGGUGGAAUUUUUUUUUUAUUUUGUUUUUAUAAUGAGACAUUUCUUUGGGAGAAAUCAACAACCGUCACACUGUUAAUCCCAUAUAACUUUUUUCUAUGCAUGCUAACAAAACUCGUACUAUUUUUUUAUAUUUAUCUUUAGCGCUAUAACAAACUCAGUAUACGUACAAGUGACUUUUUGCCGCCUUCGUGCCAUCUAUCGUGCCUCGAUAUUAUAAUAUUAACAAUAUUACUAAUCAAGAUUUCAGAGCUUCUAGACUUUAACAAAAACGUCUCUGUUCGAGUCCAAUAAAGCGAAACGAUUGUACAGGAUCACGGAUUAGAAUCUCAGUCAGACGUUAACGUUCAUUUCUCACAGGGACGAAUUAGCUUUGCGCUACCGUGUGCUACUGUGACAACGCAGAAACCUUAAUGAAAGUGUUUGAAAUCCUAAUCAGCAUUUUUAUGAACAGUUUAUUAUUUUUUCUUUUGCAUAUUUACACAUUUUCAAGCCACAUCUGGGUGAUUUUUGCUGCAAUGCUCCAACUUGCACUUUUUAACAACACGGAUGCAUCGAUCACGAUCACGGUGGAGUUUCUCCGCUACCUUUGCACAUCAGGAACCGGAAUAAAAACGUUCCCUUGAGUCCCUGAUCGAUACGUUUUUGUUUAAACAUCAGUAUCAGUGAGUAAUAAACGUGUUUGUACGCCGCAUGGAACCUAAAACCUUAGACGCGUCCCUCGUUUAUUUUACUUUAAGUUCACAGAUUUCACCGCUGUGACAGAACAGAAAGAGAAAAAAACCACGACGUCCGUUCGGUCGAGAAAAGAAGAAAACUUCUAAAAGAGAAGAACAUCGAUGAAAUAUCUUCGGUUCUGUUCAGCAGUCUUACGUUACUGACGACGGUGCUUACAUUCAGUAUUUUAAGAUAGUUUUAGUGUUUAACGUGUAACAAGUUUAACGUGUGCGUGCUUGACUGGUUUCAAGUGUACUUUAGUGAGGAACAUUACGUGUGUUUAUUUUUAUUUCCUUUUUGUAGACGACGUUACGUCGCUUUAAAGCGUAGACUUUUUUUUUCUGCUCGGUUUGUGUUUAUCACCUGAGGACAGGGUUUAAAAUGCUCAGUCACGCCUUCACAACGUUCAGCGUUUAAACUAAUCGUAUUAACACCAAAAUUUUCCCAAAAUGUACUGAGGGGAAAAAUCUUGUAGGAUUGAUAAAGACUAUAAGACUGACUUUUAUUGUGUGAUGUGCAUCAUAUGUUUUUAGUCUAUUUUUAUAAUACAACAUGAACAGUGUCAGAAAUUUCCAGAUGUAAGUGAACAGAUUUAAAGACGGUCGCCACUACAUUAAUGUUAGUUUAUUAGGAAACACCCCACUACAAAUGGUACAUUCCAUCAGUAUUAAGUCACAAAGACUGAUGUUUUUGACCAAAACAACUAAAGGAGGAGUUAUUUUUGGUGUCUCGAGUCAGAACGGAAGAAUUUAAACAGAACAUUAGGAAAUGGCUUUGACAGCUUAUUAAACAGAUGCAGCUAAUAAAAUGCCAACACAACACAUUGGAAGCCAGAAUUUUGGGAUGGUCACGUGUUCUAACCCGCUGUAAUAAACAGCUGAAAUCCUGUUUAGAGCUUUGAAAAGGAAAAAGAAAGCUUUCAUGAGCUGAUGAAUUUUGCAGAAUGCACAUGUUUCUGUAACCUGUAGCUCGUUCCAUGUCAAGUGCAAUUUCUUUUGUUUUUAAUAAAACCUAAUUAAACAUUUCAGAUCCCA